AGACAAAAGUUUUUGUGUGCACUUCUACACGGUCGUUUUCCGUUCCGUUGUUUCGAUGGUGCAAAAGUGCUGUGUGUUUCUAUAUUUUUCUCGGUUUUUAGUUGGUACAUCUUUCCUCCGGGUUCCGACCGAAGCCAAGUACUGAGUGUCUUUUAGGUGUUCUGUGGAAGUUCUCGCGUGCGGCCCUGUGGACACUGCGGGGUCUAGUUCUGCGAAAGUGCCUGAAACGGCAAGGCUUGUGAAAAAAGAGGAAAAAUUUCAAGUGCGGUGUUUGUAUGUUCUUUUCCUGACGGGCGACGUCUCCUCGACCGAUCGAGCUUUCAGCUGCACUUUUGCGGCGUAUAUGUUGUUUUGCGUGUUUACGUGAGCAAAAAUUACCGACACUACUGUGUUCAUAAACUUUAGGAUCUGAUUCUCUUCCUUUCUCUGUCCUAUUUCUGAAACACCUUAGUGUCACUUUGCUGUGAAAGGUUGUGCUUGUAUAAUAGUACCUUGAGAAAGCGAAAACAGAAACAUACGGCAGGCGAGUGAGUAUGUGUGAGUGUUUUUACCCCUGACAGAAGAAAAAAACACGAACAACCAGUGUUGUGAAUUGUUAGUUUAAUUAAAAGUUUUUCGCGAGUGUUUUAUUCAAUAGUAACCCGUCGCAACUAGACAACCGGAAACGAUGGCGGCUUUCAUCGCUAAGCAAAUGGUCGGCAGCCAGUUGAAUGCUGUUAAAGGAGCUGCUGGAGGCGCUGUAGGCGGUGAUGGCGGAGACGAUGAGAACGACAAAGAGAAGGAGGAGGAGGCCGAGCGCGAACGCCAGGAGGCGAUCCGCGAGGCUGAGGAACGACGAAAGGAGAAGCAUCGUAAGAUGGAAGAGGAGCGAGAAAAGAUGCGACAGGAGAUCCGGGAUAAAUAUAACAUAAAGAAAAAGGAGGAAGUGGUCGAACAGGCACCCCAGGAGGAACCCAAUCCGCUGAUGCGGAAAAAGAAAACACCGGAAGAGCUGGCGGCCGAAGCGGAACAGGAGGACCUGGACGACUUCACGAAUGGCGACCCGUCAAGCGGUAAUAGAAAGUUGAAAAACUCCAUAGAGACGCAGGUGAACGAGAUCAAGACGCAGAUCGAAGGAAAAUGCUCCUUACAGUGAUUAUCCAUCACCCGUAUUCAGCAGUAUAUUCAAUAAAAUUACACCUAAUUUAAAAAAGAAAAAGGAAUAAGAAACAGAAUGCAAAUGUUAUAGAAAACCAAAAUAGUAAUUAUUUAAAAAGCAUGAAAACAAGUAAUUAAAACAUAUUUAAAUGUAACGUUUUAAAUUAAACUUAAAAAAACAAGAAAGUGAAAGGCAGAGAAAAGCAUAACAUUUAGGCAGCAUUUAUCACCAUCACCAGUUCCCUCAGUGAGCAACCUACAUAACGAACACAGGAGAGAAGCACCGUGUGAAAGCAGUGCAGCAGAUUGGAGUCAACACCCACAACCACUGAUACUUAGGAACAUACAUAAAUCCCAAAAUCAAGAAAAAAAAUAAUAGUGAAAAAAACACGAUCACUCCAUUCACCGAAUUCAACACAAGCUCAUUUCGACACAUACCAUUGAAAACAAACGAACGUUAAUAGUAAACCAUAUAAAGAAGAAAAAAAAAACAUUGUUAAAAAUAGGACACCCAGGUGAAUCAACUUAUUGAAAAAUGUGAUUAUCGACAAGAGAAAAAAAAUGAACGUUUCGAUUAUCCGCAGCUCCUUUGUUUGUGUUGCUUCUGGAUAAGUGGAUAGAAGGGACGGUGGGAAGUGUUUGUUUCGGAACUUAGCGGCAGCACAGAUGAUAACAACGGCCGAAAAGUGACAAACAUUGUGAUAGAUCAGUCUUGAAAAAAAAUCGUUAUUCGUUUGUAGUUAAACCACAGACUUUGCUUUAGUCCGUUUGCAUUUUGUUGAGUGAUUUUUGAAUACCGUAGAAUUUUAGGAGACAUCAAUUUAGAGCAAAAUGAUUAUUGAGAAUAUGAAUUCCUAGCAAAAUUAAAACAGAUUAAAGAUUUAGCUUGAAGUUUGUUGACAAUUUAGAUCCUGUAUAAAUCCCCAGAUCGAGUGACAAAGUGUUCACAAAAAGGAAAGACAAACAAAUCACAAGACAAAAUUAUUCUAUUAUCUAAAGCAGUGUGCCGAGGUAUUCGAACGAACAAACACGUAAUUGUAGAAUUACCCGAAACAGAAACUAUAAUUGCUGCGUAUUUUUAUCGGUUGUUAUUUGGAGCAAUGAUUUGCCGUUAUUUCUCGGUUUUGAGAAUAAUCUAUUAGUGUUUGAAAAUAUUUGCCUGAUGAGUAGUUUUAGUGAGCAGAUAUAUACACAAAAGAGAAGCAAUCGUUCAACCCCAAUUCCUUGAACCCACUUGAUCGCAACACUUGACUGGUGUGAAAUUAAUGUUAUCCUGCAUCGUUUUCGUCGUAAGUGCACUACGAAUUAGAUGAGUUUCGAAACCACGUGAUGUGCACAGUUUUGUUGCUUUUCUUUUACUCGAUCUCAAUACUAUCUGUUGGCCAUAUUUUUGAACUGAUGUUUGAACACCUGCUCAGAACAUUUUUUUCUUCCGAUCCAUGCGUUGUGGGGUUGAAGUAUCCAUAAUGGGAGUUGGAAGCAAAUUUUAAUGAAUGUCGCAUUUUUGUUUUUCAAAUGAUCAAUAAGACACGUGUCAGCCUUCGCUUUAAAUAGGAACUGAAGGCGAACCAUUGCAAACAGAGUACUAUUUUUCAAUGAACAUGAAUGAUGAACAACGAGUACUCUUCAAAGUGAAUGUUGACAGCUGGCUUAUGGGCCAUUAAAAACAACGCGACAAAUGAACUGUCAUUCUCCCAGCGUGCGUGUAAACCCUGCAAACUAUGUCGAUCAUCUGCAAAUUGCAAAUGCACUGGGGUCGUUGAAUCUAAUCACUUAUUUGUUGAAUGGCUUAGAUUGUGAUAUCACCAACAUCAGCAAGGAUGCCAGGUUAGAUUUUGAAAAAUUUUCUAACAGGUUUUUGAAAGUUUGCGCACUUGAAAUGCUUCAAUGAAAGUGAUGUUUUGCGGGAUGAGCGAUCGAAAGGCAGAAUAAACAAGUGUUUGAUUGUUUGUGAAUUUUAGGAAAUCUGUGUGAAGACUACGAUUAUUUGCAAAAACUUGAAAAUAAAAAAAAUCUAUAAAUUCACAGACAAUUCUGCAAAACCUGGCAUCCCUGAGCAGCUGCUGUGUUGAUUGUUUAUCAACCGGACAAUACGGAUACAUUCGCAUAUUUUCAAUCUAUUCUCACACACAUUCUGUUAAGUGUUUAUGUCGCGCUAAUUGAUGUCGUGUCGCUAUUAGUAAAUGUAUUGUAAACUAAAGAUUUUCCUGACAACAGCAAAACAAACCAUACCAAACUAAGUAGCUUCACAUGUUUAGUGAGGAAUGAUGUAAACACAACAGCAGUAACACAUUAACACUAACAAACAAACCAAACGAACAGUAUAUUUAUCUCUAUCCUAUCGUUAUAAAUCAUUGAUUAGUGACGAAAACGAAAGCAAAAUGUUCAAUGAAAUUAGCGAAAACUCGUACUAUUUAAGCAUUUCCUCUAAGACACUUAAAUUCUCUUCUUACUAUCAUACAACAAACCCAAUAAUAACAAGCAUCACUAUUCUGUACAAUUGGCAAACCACUGGGUACUCAAAACUGGUAAUUUACAGAAUAAAAAAUCAAUCAGAAUAGAAUUCUGAACAUUUCAACCAACUGCAUACCGGCAUCGAAUCCCUACUCCGACAAGUUUCUCAUCAAUCCAUCAUUAGCUCUGGACGAAACGGGGAGAACCCUUACACAUUAACAAUCUGUUUGAUGAAAAAAAAUGAAAACAAAAAACGAAUUCACUGUCUACCAUCGAAAUUUUACAAUCCUAAACUAAUCAACCAGAACAAAUAUCAACCAAAAAGUGGAAACCGAGAAACUGGAACAAAACGACGUUUGUUUAUAAUUGUUGAAGAGAAUUAAUGAAAAGUUACACAUUAAAAUAAAACACAAAAAACUGUUGAAAACUCUGUUUUAUUUGUUUCUGUUUACCAUUCAGCAGACACGCACAUACUUCAUUUACCACACCCUCAUUCUCUUUAUAGACAGCUGUCAGUUUAAUAAUUAUCGAUCGUCUUGAUUGUCAGCCCUAUCCUGGGGUGGCCAUCUGAUUGCAUUACCGCCCAUUUUGUCGCCCAUACUCACAGAUUACUCGCGCAUUUCCCAGGUGAACUACGAUUUGCGAAAGAUAAAAUGAACAGUCAAAUACAAUAUAAGUGUCAAUUAUUAUAUGAGAAGCAUACAAAAAAAACAAAACAGAAAGUUAUUUAUAUUUAAAUGAUAAAUAAGAAAAGAAAGUAGAGAAGAAAAUAACUUGAUACGAGCAGAAAAUCGAACGGAAUAUUAGUGCUUAGCAUUGGGUUUGAUAUUGGUCGGCAACUGAACGAUAGCGAGCUUGAGUUUGUAAAAAAAAUGGUGUACUGACACAUUCGCCCGGCUGUCAACAUGUUCAGUAAUAUGCAUCGGCUCGAUGGAAACAUCAAUAUGAUGCGCAAAGCAGGAGCUAUAAAACUUGUGUUCAGUCGACCACGGGCUGACCAAUUUCACGGCAAGAGUGAAAUAACGUUGUUGAAGCAAAGUAGUUGCAUUCUCAUGAAACCCUUUACCGUAGUGACAAGAGAGUAUAUCAAAUUAUGGCGGCAGUCAGUGAGUGUUUUGAAAAGCAAAUUUAGCCUCUAAUUUUGGGACAAAAUUUUAAAUAAUUUUUGUAUGGAAUUGUUUCAGUGGCAAGUUUCCAUAUUUUUCGCGUCUUGUUAUUUGUUUCCCUGUUUCUAAAAAUCAGCUUAUCAUUGAAUGUGUCAAAACAUUCUAUUCCCAUCAAUCUAUCCAUACUUAAUCUUAGGCUUUAAUAGUGGAUCAACUAGUAAAUAUAAAACUCCCAUUCCAACAAUAAAACGUUUCUAUUCUAACUUUUUCUCCCAACUAUUCUUCACUCAAAACACACCUCGAUGGAUGCGAAGUAGAAAACAAACAAUAAAGACAAGCUUGAGCUGCUGCCAUGUUUCAGUUAUCUCAUUCAAUUAUAGAGCGAAUUAAAACAAGCAAAAUUAUUAUGCAAAGCUAGCAGAGUUAUGUAAGCCAGUGUAUAGAUAACAAGAACAGAACAUGAAUAACACAAAUACCGUAUCUAUCUACUGGAAACAAAAGAAAACAAAUAAACCAAAAAAACCACA